UAUAGAUUUUUUUUUUUUUUUUGAGGGAAAUCUUUUAUCUAUAGAUAAUUAAAGAGGAUCAAAAUUUAAUAUUGACAAAUAUACUCGUAUCAAUUAAAUUAGGGAUUUAUUUCAAAAUAAAGGGAGUAAUCCCUAUCUGAGGUUUGCCACCGUAAAACUUGUUGUAAUUUCACCAAACACUCUCUUUCCCUCUUCAAUAGUUCACUUUUCUCACUCUCCUACCUCUGAGUUUACACAAACACUUUUUCAGUGAACUGCCCCAAAAAUAUCGUCCGAUCAAACCCAGAUUAUAAUCCUUCACUUCCCCUUCCCACUUAACCUUCCUUUCCCCAGAAUUGAAAAAGAAGAAGAAGAUACUGCCAUGGACACCAAUGCUACGGCUCUGCCCAAGGAUACCACCAAUAAUUCCCAGAACGGCCUGCAGGUAUGCAUGCCUAGACAACGAGAUCGAGACAUUUCUACUCGUGGCCGGCGUCAGGCUUUCCGAGAGGACACUCCCACGGUUUUUGAGGGUAUAGAUGAUGCCUUGGAGACUGAGCCUCGCCCCUCUACGAGUAGGGGUAGAUGGACUCCACCUCCGUGGACACCAGAUGAGUUGGUUUUCUGUCGUGAGAACCAUAUUUCUCACCGUCCACUUACCAGCAUAGUCGAUGGCGUGCUUCGCCAUCAUGGAUCAGGAGCUGGAGAUUUGAUUCCCCGGCUAUACAGGAUCAUCAAAGGGGAUCCUAUUACCAACGCCUCGUGGGAGUCUGCUGGUUUGGGAGAUUUCUAUUCAGCGGUUGUGGGAUUUCGCAGCCCUCGAGGUUGUGGUUCGACAAUUGUUCGAGCGCUGUUGGAGUAUUUUUGGGAUACUACCAACACUUUUCACUUUGCCUGGGGAAAGAUGACGAUGACUCCUCUAGACUUCAGUAUGAUCAGCGGCUUGCGCUUUACCGAGCGGCCUGUACUACAGAUUCCUGACCUGACUUGGGGGGCGAGCGAGGCAGCGGAGUUAUUAGGUCCUGUCGUUCAGCAUAUCAGGACUCGACCAGUGUCUCGGGGUGGUCAUAGGAGUGGACGAUCAGAGUUGGCUUCUGUUCUUGCCCAUGGUUUUGACAUAGCUGAGACGACACCUGAGCAACGAGUACGGAUCUUUAUCUUGAUCCUUAUUUCCGGGACUCUUUCUCAUGAUAGGAGUUCUCGUGCGCUUAUUUGCUACCUGCCGUCUCUGGUCAGGAUUGGUGAAAUAGGAUCCUACAGUUGGGCUAGUAUUGGAUAUGCUGAUCUACUCUCGUCGAUGCGUCAUGGCUGCAGGCAGCUGAACGAUCAGUCCCCUGUUGUUGUCUAUGGUUUGUGGAGAGUCGUAGAGUUGUGGUUUUAUGAGUACUUUCCGGGAUUGGCCCCUCGACGGCGUCGCGGAGCGGUCCAUGAUUUCCCUGUCGGAGCUAGCUGGCGUGACCGAGGUGAGUCACGAGUGGAGUCUGUAUCGCGUUUGCGCGGGCUGCUGCGUCGGGGCACCUGUACUGUUGGUGUUGCUGUCGAGAUCCAGUAUCGGCCUUGGGAUGGCAUGACAAACCUUCCCGAGGCUUUGGAGCUUUCGGCGUGUCGUACUGUUUUCUUUGGUACAACACGCUUUGUUUGGUACCUUGGAGAGCGUGUUGUUCGUCAGCACAACGCUAAUCACUUUGUAGUGUCAUUGCCUCCACCGGAGUCGAUGUUAGACUCAUGCUUGCUGGGUGAGCUGCUGGAUCGGGGGUAGCGCUAUACGUUUCCUUGGCAGGAGCUCGUGCGUAUGGAGAGCGAUUAUUCCUUGGAGUUGCUUCCUUCGUUGGCCCCUCCCCCCCGUCUUCCCGAGACUACUGCUCGUCGUAGGGGGAAGGUCGAGCUCCCUCCUCAGUCUGUUCGUUACCCGGGACCGAUUGGUAUGAUUGAGGAGCAUAUUGCUGAUGCACCAGAGGGUUUCAGACAGGCGCAGGAGUCCAUGCCCGAUGAGUUCGAGCCGGUAAGCUUUUUGACAUGUCUUUCAAUCUUCUUAAUACUGCUUGUUACUGUUUUUUUUUGUUUCAGCUCACGCACUCGGAUAUGAUGGGUUUUAUGAAGUUGAUUGAUGAUUUGAAGCACUUUAUCAUCAAGCUACGAUGUGGUGCGAGUUGUCAGAGUGGCUCCGACGAUGCUAAUGAGGAGCGACAGAGGUCUCGCUCGCGCUCGAGGCAUAGAGGCUCGGACGAGGGGGAGCCUAGUCACCGCAAACGAUCCCCGGAGGUUCGUCGACAUUCUCGGACACAGCGGCAGCAGCCUUCUCAGACAUUUCAGGGGUUUCAAACUCGGUGGCCACAGUCUCAGUUUUCUCAGCCAUUUUAGGAGACUCAGUGGCAGCAGACUCGGCCCUCUCAGCCGUUUCAGGAGACUCAGUGGCAACAGUCUCGGCAUUCUCAGCCUUCGCAGCUUGAGUAUAGGCCGGUCAUUACUCCUACUGACUAGGGUUUAUUUUCAGUUCCAUUGUUUGGGAUGAUGCCUCCUCGGACGAUUCCUGCAUCUUGGAGUCAGCCUACGUAGUUUACUAGGUGGACAGUACCCGCUUCUUCUGUUGGAGUUGUUGGUACUAGUAGAAGGGACACUACUCCUCGCACUCGGAUGAUGGAGAGUCUUUUUGGUCUGUCAUUCCCUUACUCGCGACCUCAAGAUGACAGUGAUCCCAGCUCUGGAUCUGAGUAGUAUUGACCGAGGGUUUUUAUUAUGUACCCCGUUGAUCACAUUUCACAUCAUUUAUAAACCAUGACUCACUUUGUAUAUUUUAUUCACACUUUACGUAUUUGACAUUAUUUACUCAAUUAGUGUGCAAGUUAGUGUGUGCUUGA